GGCCUGACAGAAACAGACAAAAGCAGCUGGGAGAAAGAAGGAAAUCAAGGAUCUCCCUCAGAGUUUACCUUAAAGGACUUACCUCUUAGCCUGAACUGCCUCAGCAUCCUGUUGUGAGGGAAAAAAUGAGAUGACCCAAUGAACAAGCUCCUGGAGGAAUGGUGGAAUACAGAUGUCAUGUGAUAAAUAAUGCUGGGUCCAGCCACAAGAGACAGAUAUGAAAACAAAGGUGUGUCCCUCAAGUGAUGCCUCAGGUUGCUAAGAGAUGGCAGGUGAUCAUCAUUUUCGGUUGGGUUUCUCUCUGUGCAGCCAUGCCCUUAUUGAGUGAGCGAGACUUACUAAUUGAUAAGGAGAAUGCCCGUCGUACAGGUGGAAAUCUUGUGCUAGGAAAAUAUGAAGAAGCUGCCAAUGAGAAGCUCAUGCGCCUCAAAGAGGAGGAAGUAGCUAAAGCUAAGGAGACGGGGCUCUUUCCACCCAGCAUGCAUUUCUUCAAGGCCAAAUCCCUCAUUGAUCACAGUGAUGUGUUCAGCAUCUUAAAAAAGAUGCCCAAAGCAGGGCCGGUGUCAGAGAGCGGCCAGGUCAGGCCCUGGCCAAAGGCCCCUGAAAGGCCCCUCCUUAGGGUGGGUGGAGUUUUACACUUGCAUGACUAUGCUAUCUUGAGUGUUGAUUGGCUAGUGUACAAUGCCAGCUACAUGUCUGACUGUUACAUCUGCUUCACCCCUUUAUGGGCUGUCCGGUUCAAGUUCUCCAGGCCUCUUCCUCCCAAGGAUAUGCCUCCUGAUUGCUCUGAGUGGGUGCUGCUAGAGACUUACCGCAAGAAUCUCGACAAUGUAGCUGGAUUUGAUAAGAGUUUGUUGAAGAACCUAACACUAGUAACAGAUACUCCAGAGGUGACCUACCCUUCUCAGGAUUUCAUCUGGAGGAGAUUUGAAAAUGGCUUCAUCGCUGCUUCUGGCCUUAUCAGCUAUGCACCUGUGUUCAAGGCCUAUUUCUACCAGGGGCUGUUGGAGCUCUAUGAAGAUAAUGUACAGUAUAUUGAGAUAAGGGCUCUACUGCCACCGGUAUAUGAGUUGGAUGGAACCACACAUGACAAAUUCUGGUCUAUGACAGCUUAUCAAGACACAGCUAGGCAAUUUGUGAAGGACCACCCAGAUUUUGUUGGUGCAAAGAUGAUAUAUUCCACACACAGAAAGCAGAAUGUUUCCCAGAUUAAAGAAGCUGUCCGUACAGCCAUGGCACUCAGAACGGAAUUCCAAGACACUGUGGCAGGGUUUGAUUUGGUUGGUUGGGAAGAUGGAGGACAUGCCCUCUGGGACCUGAAGGAUGCCUUAACUUUUCCACAAACUCUGGGAGAUAAAUUACCAUACUACUUUCAUGCGGGCGAGACUAACUGGGAGGGGACCCCUGCGGAUAAAAAUUUGUUGGAUGCUCUGCUGUUGAACACCAGCAGGAUUGGUCAUGGAUUUGCCCUUGCCAAGCACCCAGAAGCUAGAAAUUUGGCUAUGAAGAUGGAUAUUCCUAUAGAAAUCUGUCCUAUUUCUAACCAGGUCCUGAUGUUAGUAUCAGAUCUGAGGAACCAUCCUGCUGCAUUUCUGAUGGCGGAGGGUCACCCCAUUGUGGUUGCCUCAGAUGAUCCAUCGAUCUUUGGAGCAAAGGGGGUGUCAUAUGACUUCUACGAGAUGUUUAUGGGCGUUGGAGGAAUGAGUGCUGAUCUGAGGACUUUGAAACAACUAGCACUAAACUCUCUAGAAUACAGCAGUUUGUCACCUGAUGAGAAAAACAAGGCCCGGCAGAUCUGGCAAAGAAAGUGGGACCAGUUCAUAGCCGAGGUCACUAACCUUACUCCAGAAAUGUAUUAGGAAGGAAGAGGCCCUUCUUUCUUGAGGGUGCAGCAAUCUGGAGUUAACAGAAGAAUCCUUACCUUGGCACUUUGAUCAGAUUAUUGCUAAUGGCAAUAUACUAUUAUCUUGUCCCCUGUAGGUUUCAGUGCUCCAGCAAAGAGCCCUUUUAAUUAUGCUGCAAAUGAUCAAAAUGACUGGUCAAAAUGCACUCCUUAAAGGUACAACUAGGCAUGUUUCAACACCGUCAGCUAUAGCAGUCCUGACACUUUCUCAUCACCUAAAGAUAUUUAGCACAAAUUAGGCCUUUGAGCCCUAGCUAGCCACUGCUUCUGGUUGUAUUUCUUUAUAAAAUGUGCCUCAGGAGCUUGCAGAAGAGACAAAUACCUUCCUGUCAUGCUAGAAAGGUAGCAGGGUUGUGUAUUCUACAGUUUCAUCAUGCAAGGGCAGAAAGGGAGUGUUGGGCUACUUAAUUUAGAAUCUUGAACAUCUCAACUUUUAUUUUAAAGGGCUACGUUCUAGUCUAUAUGGUAACUUCUGGCAGCCUGAUCAUAUAUAAGAUUUAGGUGCACAAAUCCAAUGAAAUCAGUGGCCUCAGUAGGUUCACUGUAGAUUGAGCUAGAAUUGUGAUGGCAAAGAUACAUGAAAUUUCAAAUUCCUUAGUAGUACAGAGAUAAGGAACCUGUGGGACUCUAGGUGUAGCUGGACUCAAACUCCCAUCAGCCCUAACCAGUAUGUUCAGUGGUUGGGGAUGAUGGGAGAUGAUGUUUGCUUUGAUGCCGUGUUUCACUUUUUGCCCUUUCCUGUGUCUAGUAGAAACAGAACAAAUUAUGCAAAAUAUUUCUCUGAUGCACAUUGUCUAUCAAUUACAGAAUGCAUUCCCCCCCCGAAUGUUUUCUUAAAACAAACAAACAUCCUUGAUCAUUGUGAGCAGGGCUAUUAUCCACAAAGACAUUUUAAUCAUAUGACUUCCAUUUAAUUAAUCAAUUUUAGUCUGUUAAGAUAAAGCAACCAUUCUGAAGAAAAAUAAUUUUCCUUUGUUUCAAAUUAUGUUUGCACAUUUUGUAGCAGACACUGACUUAGAAGAGGCAUUUUUUCCUGUGUGUUUGCAAAAUAAUAAUUGCUGUCUGUUUAAUUAGGGACACCUUAAUCAAGAGGUUUUAAAUCAUUCAAUCUAACUGGU